AAUAUUAGGAAGGUUAUGUUGACAAACUUUUGCAAAGAAAGUUUUUCUAAUUUUUUUUUAUUAUAUAUGUAUUAUAUAUAAUAUUAAUUGUAUAUAUUAAACUAGAAAUAUAGAAUUAAUUAUAUGUUUAAUUAAUGAGAAUUUCUCUAACAAUGUUGGAGAAAGCGGCAACUUCCGAAAAUCAAUUAUCAAAAGAAGAUUAUUUAAUUCUAAGAGCUAAAGAAGCUUUAGCCACUGACAUUUAUGCAGCAAAAUCAUGGUUAAUUACGGCAAAAUCUUUAUUUCCGCACAGUGCUAAAGUACAGUUUGAAGCUUACAGGGUAGAAAAACUCGCCAAGAAUGUCAAGGAGGCUGCCAAAUGUUUUAGUGAAAUAUUUCAAAAUUUCCCAGACGAUCGGGAUAUAUGGAAAGAAAUUGAAACCGUAACGGCAUGCCUUCGUUCAGAGCAAAAUGAUCCGGAAUCGGAAUUAUUAUGUCAAAUGUUUCAACACAUUCCCCAAGAUUUACAGCACCGUCUUUUAAUAAUGACUGCCGAUCACAGCGAAGACACGAUGGAACACUGCAAAUUGCUUCUUCUACUUCUACGAAAAUUUCCCCAAACAAUUUCCACUCAUGGCCCUCGCUUGGUUGAGACUCUAUUAACAGCGGAGAAACACAGUCAUCCAGGUCGGGCUGUGAAUGGAUUUCGUCGUUUAUUAACGUGCGAGGCACUACCGCUUUUGGGUGCAGCGCCUGUUGAAUUAAAUCCCCGUCUAAGUCUUCGAUUACUCUAUAAAGCAGUGGAAUUUUAUUUGGCCUUCAUUCAGCAGCCUCAGGAUUUUCAAAUAAUUCAACCAUGGGAGCGAUUGUUUCAAGUUGUUGAAUUAAUUGGGAAGAAAUUGGGCUGGGAAUUGAGUACAUUCUUUACAACACCAUGGAAUCGGGAAUCAUAUUGCGAACGAUUGCAUCAAUACGCUGUAACGCACAGUCUUGGAAUGUGCGAUGAAGUUAUUGCAAGACAACUUCUUGUUUGUACUGUUGUUGUUUUAUUGAGGAUAUGGAAUGAGCAUUCAACUUUGAUGAAUGGUGGCGAAACAACUUAUUGCCUCAUUGAAGCAUUCGGCGAACCGAAUUUAUCUGCUUCAGAGCCAAAGUUGAAAAAACGAAAACGUGAAGAUGCAAUGAGUAUUGCGAUUACAAGUGACAGUGAUUAUAAUGGAAAUGGGCUCGCGUUGGCAGUGAGAUUAUGGGAUUUGCUUCACAGUACGGAAUACUUGCAGAGGGAAAUUAUAAAACUUAGUGCACAAUUUCGUCUUGAUCCAUGGUUAAAUUUUUUCCUCACCGAUUUGGCAAUGUAUAAAGGUUUGCAUCAUGAAGUUCUAGCCAGACUUCCACAGGAGCCAAUUACACUGUGCUCACAUUUACGUAUGGCGAGUACAUGCUUCUUCGUUAAAGAUUUUAAGGGAAUGUUGGAAUAUAUUUCAAUGAUUGCGAAUCUUUUGCCAUCUAUCCGUGGAAAAGUUUCAAAUAGUUUAACAGUUCCGUCAAUUCGUCAUUUACAUUAUAUUACGAUCGCUCGAUUUCCAAUUCUGCAAUAUUGCUGUAGAUUAUUGUUGGCUACUUUAAAGGAACAUUUCACGAUUCCAGGUGGAGUCGGAGACCUAGCGAUAGGUCACGCUUUAGUUCUUAUGCAAAUUGAUUGGCCGCAGGAGUCAGAAAUUUUAUCCACUAUCACAGAAAGAAUAAGAACGCGAGGAUCAUUUUGUUAUCCUCUUUUUCAAGCUUACAUAAUAAACGUCGAUAUUUUAGAAGAAUUGACAUAUCUCUGGACCGAACACGGAGGCGGCGUUUCUCUUGAUAUUGGAAGUAAUUCCGGAAUGCUCCAAAAUCGUAGAAUUGCGACUAGAGGCGCUGACAAAGGUGUUAGAGAAGAAGUGAAACAAGCCAUGAGACGACAAGCCGCUCGAGACGGAGUCGAUCAACUCGACGAACUUCUUCAAAGAUUUAUAAUUCACGAGAAAAGUGCUAUUCUACAUAGUUUAAUAAUAUAAUAAAUUUUUAAUUAAUCAAAAAUAACUAUCAACAAUUAUUGUAUAUAAAUCAAUCAAAAGUUUAUUUAUACAAAUUAUGCGCUAUAAAAUAAUACAUAUAGAAGAUAAUAAUGUC